CGCUGGCAUCCAUUUUAUUUUAUCAGAUGGUUCCGCCGAGUUCUUGCACCGAGCCACAAAACCCUCCAGAGAAGCAUUUCCUUUCCCCCUUCAAAGUUCAACACAUGACCGUGGCUGCUUGGGGCGAAGCCCAUGUUUAGAUAUCCAUCGUGCGGAAAGAGCUUUUAGAAUAUCAUAAAUGGCUAUCCCUUAUCCCUCUUGUCUCGUAUCCGCUUCUGCUCGUUUUCAACCCCUGACUGACAAGAAUUAUAUCAGAAUCGAGCCUUCCUUCCUUCUGGGAUUUAAGAGUACAUAUUGGGAUGUUGAAAAGCGCCAUCACUGUUUUAGUGCUAAACAUUCUUGUGGGAAAUCAGGAUCCAAGCUCUCCUGUGCCAUGAAUAUGUCUGCACAAGAUUCCGAUGAUCAUCAGAGUAUAAAUUUGGACCAUCUUAUUGCCAAAGCACAAAAAAUUUGGGACAGGUCCCCUCAGCCUGUCAAGAAUUUUCCAUGGAACAGAGCCUUGGAGAAUUUCAUGCAACUUAUUCUUGAUCUUUCUCUGUCUGUUGUAAAAUACUUAUCUGUACCUGUGUUGGCAGUUUCCUCUCUUAGUGAGUUGUCAUACUGUGCACAUGAAAAGAAGUUAUUUUUUGUUCCUGUUCCAGUCCUCUUAGGAUUUACCAUUGCUGGGAUCUUGGCCGAGACAGCCUUAGACUCAUCUCCACGUUUAAAGGCUGCAGAAGUUCCUUGGCAUUUGAUUGCCAUUGCCAUUUUGUUCACACUGAUUAAAUUGCCAGGCCCAUAUUAUCCCUAUUGGGGACGCAUACUUAUUCCACACUUGGCCAAUGGGGUUCUUUUGAGGACUCUGUGGCUUGCAAUCUUAUGGCAUAGGAGACCUCAAAUAACAUCAAAGACGCCAAAUUCUGUUGAUGGCAGUCACUAGAUCUGCUGAGUGCUGAGCUAUGAUUCCAGUCAUCAUCGUAUAUCAAUCAGGUACUUUUCCACUAGUCAAGAAAGAAAAGUUGUAGUAGGCUGCCGUAGUAACCAGGUACGACUUAUAAUGGUCUAAAUCCUAUGGAUGUUUUAAUGCUUAGGAUUUUGCACGUGGCAAUAGCGAGGAAACCUUGUGUAGCUCAAAUUACGGCAUAGCUGUAUCAAGCUUCUUUGUUUUUUUUUUUUUUAGCUCCUAUAUUUUUCUUAAUUUUGAACUUUCGUAUGAGUUGAUCUGAAUGGGUUUUUGUUUGCCU